AUGUCAAAGCCAUCAAAGGAUAUCUACGGUCAUGGCUCGAGCUGCACAAAAGACUUGAACUAUGUAAUUCUCGGCGGGACGCACACUCACUUGAUUGAUGUUGUCGACAAAGUUGAGCUCGGAAGAAAAUGGAAACAGCUCUCAUCUGCCUUUGCCAUUAAGAAUCCUGAGGCUUGGGAGUUUAAAGUGGUAGAAGUGACUGAGCGCCUGCUCAAACAAUUCGACAUCCACUGCACAGCUCCUCUUCCUGUCGAGGAUGGCAUACCAUAUCCUGCUGAUUUGAACCUUGACUACGGGAAAUGGAUCAACCUAUUCACGAUCGAAGCGAUCGAUAGUAUUGCUAUGUCUGCUUGA